AUGGUCAGUUGUCGCGGGACAUUUGGUUCCGCUGGUGAGUUCGACGCUUUUCGGACCGAAGUCCAAGAUGGGAAAGGUGUCGUUGAGUGGAUGAGGAAGCAACCGUGGUACACCGGUACCUUUGCUACCAUCGGAGGAUCUUACAUAGGAUAUGUUCAGUGGGCGCUGCUGUAUGAUCCGCCUAAAGACAUGGUCGCGGCGGUGCCUGGUGUUGCUCCGCACGAUUUUGCACAACCCAUCUGGGGCACCGGUGCUUUGGACCUCGAUAUCGUUCGUUGGGCGGAUAUGAUAGUGCAUCAGGAAGAUUCGUUUUCACUCUGGGAGACUUUGGGGAAGACGCGAACGCGUAGACUAGAGACUCUUUUCGAAGGCACAACACCACUGGCAUCAAACAUACAAGCUCAUCUAGAAGGAAAGUUUCCCUGGAUGGACAAGGUACUCACCAAGCCGGAUUUAUCGGAUCCCUUUUACGAGCCCAUGAAGCUUGGCCGGGCUCUCAGCCAGGCACAGAUACCCACUUUGAUCAUCGCAGGAUGGCACGACCUCUUCGUGGAGCAAUCUAUAGAGCAAUAUUUGGGACUAAAAGAGCAAGGCUGCAAAGUUGCGCUCACCGUGGGACCUUGGUCGCACACUAAAAGCGUUGUGGCAACUGAGAUGAUCCGACACGGGUUUGACUGGAUCGAAGAGCAUCUCGGGAACCGUGCGGAGGCAAAACGAACAGCUGCUGUGCAGUACUAUGUUACCGGCGCGCAAGCGUGGAAAAGUGUUUCCGACUUUCCACCGCGUACCGAAUCUAUCACCUUCUAUCUGCAUGACGGUGGGGAACUUGCAGAGAAGCCACUUUCUACCAGCUCCGGGUCUUCAACUUUUACGUUCGACCCACGCAAUCCCACUCCAGAGAUCGGAGGUAACGCUCUGUUAACCGGCGGAAGAGUCAAUGAUACAGCAUUAGCCAAACGAAGCGACGUGCUCGUGUUCGACACAGCACCACUUGAAGAAGACACCGAAAUAUGCGGCAAGCCCGCCAUUCAACUUGCCCACUCAACUAGCAGUCCUUACGUCGAUGUCUUCGUGCGAGUCAGCGAAGUCGAUGCCAAAGGGCGAUCUCACAAUAUCACCGAGACCUACAAACGUUUGGACCCAAAGCGUGCCGACGAUGAGGAGUUGAAGCUGGCGUUGAAUUUCUGCGCUCAUCGGUUUUUGAAGGGCACGAAGAUCAGGGUCGUCAUCGCAGGAGGAAAUUUCCCGCAAUAUGCGAAGAACCACGGCGUUGAGAAUAGCGAUUUGAACGGCACUGAGAUGAUUGCUGUCGAUCAUACCAUUCAUCAUAGUGAGAGUCGCAUUUCAAAUAUCGUCUUCCCAGUCGCCAGGAAGGCCUCUGACAGUGAAGCAAGACUCAAUUAG